GAAACUGAUUCAAAACUCCCUGUCUGUAUAACUCUACUGCAGCACAUGUGUGUGUAUAUGUGAGAGAGAGAGAGCCCUUAUCUAUGUUUGUCAAAUUUCUUCAAAACCUUAGAAAAGAUCAAAAACUAUUUUCCUCCACAAAAAACACACUUGCCCCUAUCUACUCUGUAAAAGCCAUAAAACUCUUUAUAUUCUUGAAAACAUUCUGUUUAUUUAUCCUCUCUCUCUCUCUCUCUCUCUCUCUCUGCUUGCAGCUGAUAUCCAGGGAUCAGUGUGAAGAAAAAUGGCACAGAUUUUAGCACCUUCUGCACAAUGGCAGAUGAGAGCUGCAAAGAAGUCAUCACAUUUUAGUCCAUUGAGCUCAAAUUUUAGCUCCCUUGUUAUGAAACAACACAAAAAAGGUGCAGUCUUUAGAAACUCAGCCAAAUUCAGAGUUUUUGCUAUCAAGUCUGAAAAUGGCACCAUCAACCGUUUGGAGCAGAUGCUCAACUUAGAUGUCACACCCUAUACAGACAAGAUCAUUGCUGAGUACAUUUGGAUCGGAGGGUCGGGAGUCGAUGUUCGUAGCAAAUCAAGGACCAUUUCGAAGCCGGUUGAGCACCCCUCGGAGCUGCCCAAGUGGAACUACGAUGGCUCGAGCACGGGGCAGGCUCCCGGAGAAGACAGUGAAGUCAUCUUAUACCCUCAAGCAAUCUUCAAGGAUCCAUUUCGCGGUGGCAACAACAUCUUGGUGAUAUGCGACACGUACACGCCUGCAGGGGAGCCGAUUCCAACGAACAAACGCUACAGAGCUGCUGAGAUCUUGAGUGAUCCAAAGGUUGUUGCAGAGGUUCCAUGGUAUGGCAUUGAGCAAGAAUACACAUUGCUCCAACGCAACGUGAAGUGGCCGUUGGGGUGGCCCGUUGGGGGCUACCCCGGCCCUCAGGGGCCUUACUACUGCGGAGCCGGGGCAGACAAAUCAUUCGGGCGCGACAUAUCAGAUGCUCACUACAAGGCUUGCUUGUAUGCAGGGAUCAACAUCAGUGGUACCAAUGGGGAAGUCAUGCCAGGACAGUGGGAGUUUCAAGUUGGGCCGAGCGUUGGCAUUGAGGCCGGGGAUCACAUCUGGUGCGCGAGGUACCUGCUCGAGAGAAUUACAGAACAAGCUGGAGUUGUUCUCACACUUGAUCCUAAACCAAUAGAUGGUGAUUGGAAUGGUGCAGGAUGCCACACCAACUAUAGCACAAAGAGCAUGAGAGAGGAAGGUGGCUUUGAUGUGAUCAAGAAGGCGAUCUUGAACCUGUCGCUCCGCCACAAGGCGCACAUCAGCGCCUACGGGGAAGGGAACGAGAGGCGGCUGACGGGGAAGCACGAAACGGCCAGCAUCAACACUUUCUCAUGGGGGGUUGCUAACCGCGGCUGCUCCAUUCGUGUGGGACGAGACACCGAGAAGAACGGAAAAGGCUACUUGGAGGAUAGGCGCCCGGCUUCAAACAUGGAUCCCUACGUCGUGACCGGGCUUCUAGCUGAGACGACGCUCCUGUGGGAGCCCACGCUCGAGGCGAAGCUCUCGCUGCACACAAGGUCUUGUUGAAGGUCUAGAUGAAGGUGGUGAUGACACACACCAUAGAUAUAUACAUAUAGAAGCAGCUCACUUGUGAGAGAUGUUUGUGAAUAAAGGGUGUGAUUUGAGGAAUUUUCACUUUCAAUGUAAUGGUUCUUUGUUGUCUUGAAAUAAUAAGGUUAUCCAAUUUUAUCA